GAGAAUUGUAUCUUUCCGGCAAUCAUGAAGUCUGAUUUCUGGUAUUUCUUUCUAUUCUGCUUUCAAGUUGAAGUUCUAACAGGAGAUUUCAACAACUCUGCCAAAUCUGAGAUGUUUAUAUCUCACAGUGGAGGUUUACAAAUUUUAUGCAAAUACUCAGAGACUGUCAAGCAACUUAAAAUGGAGCUAAGGAGAGGAGAAAAAAUAUUGUGUGAACUAACCAAGACAACGGGAAAUAGAAACACAGUUUCCACAAAAAAUGAAAUUUUCUGUCAAUCUCAGCUUUCCAAUAACAGUGUUUCUUUUUUUCUGUAUAACUUGGAUGCUUCUCAUGCCAACUAUUAUAGCUGCAAACUAUCCAUUUUUGAUCCUCCACCUUAUCGAGAAGAGAUUAUUAGAGAAUAUUUGCAUAUUUAUGAAUCCCAAAAUUGCUGUCAGAUGAGGAUAUGGUUGCCUAUAGGAUGUGCAGUAUUUGUUACAAUCUUCUGUUUGGGGUGUGUUUUUAUCUGUUGGCUGACAAGAAAGAAGUCUCAGUCCAGUGUAUCUGACCGCAGCAGUGAGUACGUGAUCAUGGCCUCAGUACCUACAGCCAAGACACCCGGACCCAGAGGUAUGACUCAAAAUUUGAGAUGCUCUGGCGCCCAAGCAUGAAUCUGGUUGGCCAGUUCAUUGUUCCCCAACUGAAGUGGCAGAGUGCCUCAUUUUCUUGAUCA